AUUUUUCCUGAUUUUAUUAUUUUUGUGUAAUACACUUGUAUUAAUAUCAAGGAUAAGUAAUUUAGGGCAGCAAUUCAAACUAGAACAAGCCAGAACUAUAAUCCUCAAAAUUACGGAUUUAAAAAACGAUGUGAUAUGCAUUGUCCUACAAUGUCUAGCCAAUUUCUGUCAUGUAUUUACAUAACACAUGUGGAGACAGGAGAAUUGAGAUAUUUAUUUCAAUAGUCUGUGCCAUACUACAAGUACAAAAAAAAAGAAAGUCAAAACUACAUGUAGUUUUGAAAAUAGGUUUAUGUAUUGCUUUAUAUGAUAUAACAGACAUAGGCCACUCUUUUAUAUUUCCGGGCGAUGGUUCAUCACAUACAGAAGUCAAAUUCAGAUACAUAGUUUUUAGGCCAAUUGUUGAAGAAAUACUAAUUGGAAAAAUAAGAAGUUGCAGCAGGGAAGGUGUCCAUGUAACUAUGGGAUUCUUUGAUGAUAUUCUAAUACCAGUCAAUGCACUUCAACACCCAUCACGGUUUGAUGAAACAGACCAAGCUUGGGUUUGGGAAUACCCUAAGGAAGAUGGUGAAAAACAUGAUCUAUUUAUGGAUUCAGGUGAAUCAAUUAGGUUCAGAGUUACGAGUGAAGCUUUUGAGGAAAUUUUACCAAGUGGACCACCAGGUUCUGAAUGUACAACACAGACAGUGGCCCCAUAUAGGUUAAUUGGUGGCAUAAAUGAACCUGGUUUAGGUUUACUGACCUGGUGGGAAGCACCAGAACAAGAUGAUGCUGAAGAAGAUGAGGAAAAUGAUGAAUAAAGAGAGUUUACCAAUUU